UCCGCCCACUGAAGCGCGACACACAUUCUGCACGUUCCACACUCGCCGCAGGUGCGCUGCGCUCGGAUCCUCUGGCGCUCAUGGACCCUCACACAGAGCGAUUAUAAAGCCCACCUGCAGCCCCCGUCUGCUGCCUGUGGCAUUCUUUACCCGUCUCUUGAGGGACGAUCCCGUGGCAUUAGAUAUUAGGCUACUUUGGAAAAACUUUCGUUAAUUUGAACGCAACGAGCUCAAGACAAAAUGCCAUUUCUUCAGCACGCACUGGACUCGCAGUUGGAGAGUUUGGCUUUAGAGCAAGUGGUUCCGGCUCUGUUGGACCGAGGCUUUUUUUACGUGGAUCAUUUUCUGGGGGACAUCGCGGGCCACAUGGUUCUGGGUCAGGUCAAACGCAUGCAUUCCUGUGGGCUUCUCAACGACGGUCAGCUGGCCAGAAGAAGCCAUGGAGUUUGCAGGAGAAGCAUCAGAGGAGAUCAAAUCACAUGGGUUAACGGGACCGAGAUUGGCACGGAGGCUGUCAAUUUCUUAUUAACACUCAUAGACAAACUUAUUUCUCUGUGUGUGGGUCGACUGGGCAAAAGUAUUCGUGCAAGGUCAAAGGCGAUGGUGGCUUGUUAUCCAGGAAAUGGAGCAGGAUAUGUGAAACAUGUAGAUAACCCUAAUGCAGACGGCCGCUGCGUCACCUGUAUUUACUAUCUGAAUAAAAACUGGAAUGCCAAGGAGCAUGGCGGAUUGCUAAGGAUAUUUCCUGAAGGAAAACCUUACGUAGCCGACAUCGAGCCUUUGUUUGAUCGACUUCUGAUUUUCUGGUCAGAUCGUAGAAACCCUCAUGAAGUUCAACCGUCGUAUGCUACAAGGUAUGCAAUCACUGUGUGGUACUUUGAUUCAGAGGAAAGAGCUGAAGCAAAAAGAAAAUUUAGAGAUCUGACAGCCAACUCACAGGAGGGUUCAUCAUCUUAACAGAAAUACACUGGCCUGUCACCUCAGAGAGGAUUUCUUUUGUCUACCGUCUUAUUUCUUAGCUUUUUUUUUUUCUAUUUUUACAUUGCUUGUUGCACUAAUGGUACCUCUCCCCCCACUUUGUAUUUGUGAUUUACUACGUUUGAAUCCGGUUCUUCAAAUAAGUGAAGAGUCGUUUGAGUAACCCGCUGCUAAUGUAAAGACAAUUUUGUGAAAAAUGUGAGAAUAUUAAUACUGAUUAAUGGAUUAUUAGAUGUUUAUUAUAAUUAGUCUUUUAAACAAACUUUUCAGAGCUAUAUUGUCUAGAUGUGUUAAAAGAAAAUGAAAAAGGAAUAGAUAAGA